GCGAAGGAGGAACGCGGGUGGCGAGAGAGGAGAAAGAGGGAAGCUGCUGCAUCCAAUGGUAGGAGCUCCAGACACUGGUGUGAUCUACUGUUAUUCCAAGUCAGGCCAUUGGUCCACCGGGAGAGGAGAGGUGACGGAGGAGUCCGUGUCAGGAUAAAAAGGGUUUACUUUCCUCCCACUCCAAAGCAGACAGUGGAGAAGACAAUCAGAAUUUUGGGGUACAAUUUGAAAUUUCAUGGGGAAUACAAAGCAACGAUUUAAAGGUGUGGAAUGUAGAAUGUACUACAGUCAGUGAACGCAUAUUAACGAAUGCACACAGUGGAGAAACAAUUGGAAGGUAUGGAGUACGUAAAGAAUUUGAGUGAGAAUCAGCGGCUUCUAAAACAUCAACAGAUUCACACAGAGGAAAAACAAUUUAUAUGUAUAGACUGUGGGAAAAGCUUCCCUCAUAGUAGGAGCCUAAGAAGUCACCAGCGAAUUCACACAGGGGAGAAACCAUACAAAUGUAUGGAGUGUGGAAAGAGCUUCAGUCAUAGUAGCAACCUUACAAGACAUCAACGAACUCACACAGGGGAGAAACCAUUUAAAUGCAUGGAGUGUGGAAAGAGCUACAGUCAUAGUGAAUCCCUUAAAAUACAUCAACGAACUCACACUGGGGAGAAACCAUUUAAAUGCAUGGAGUGUGGAAAGAGCUUCAGUACAAGUAGAAAACUUAAUUCACAUAGUCGAACUCACAUUGCUGAGAAACCAUUUAAAUGUCUGGAGUGUGAAAAGAGCUUCAGUCAUAGUGAUUCCCUUAAAAUACAUCAACGAACUCACAUUGGGGAGAAACCAUAUAAAUGCAUGGAGUGUGGAAAGAGCUUCAGUACAAGUAGAAAACUUAAUUCACAUAGUCGAACUCACACUGGUGAGAAACCAUUUAAAUGUAUGGAGUGUGAAAAGAGCUUCAUUCACAGUGUAGACCUGAAUAUACAUCACCGAACUCACACGGGCGAGAAACCAUACAAAUGUAUGGAGUGUCCAAAGAGCUUCAGUCAUAGUAGAAACCUUACAAGACAUCAACGAACUCACACAGGGGAGAAACCAUUUAAAUGCAUGGAGUGUGGGAAAAGUUUCCCUCAUAGUAGGAGCCUAAGAAGUCACCAGCGAACUCACACAGGGGAGAAACCAUACAAAUGUAUGGAGUGUGGAAAGAGCUUCAUUCACAGUGUAGACCUGAAUAUACAUCACCGAACUCACACGAGCGAGAAACCAUACAAAUGUAUGGAGUGUGGAAAGAGCUUCAGUCAUAGUAGCAACCUUACAAGACAUCAACGAACUCACACAGGGGAGAAACCAUUUAAAUGUAUGGAGUGUGAAAAGAGCUUCAGUCAUAGUAAUUCCCUUAAAAUACAUCAACGAACUCACACUGGGGAGAAACCAUAUAAAUGCAUGGAGUGUGGAAAGAGCUUCAGUACAAGUAUAAAACUUAAUUCACAUGGUCGAACUCACACUGGUGAGAAACCAUUUAAAUGUUUGGAAUGCGGAAAGAGCUUCACUAAGAAUGAAAACCUUAAAAUACACCAUCGAACUCACACUGGUGAGAAACCAUAUAAAUGCAUGGAGUGUGGAAAGAGCUUCAUUCACAGUGUAGACUUGAAUAUACAUCACCGAACUCACACGGGCGAGAAACCAUACAAAUGUAUGGAGUGUCCAAAGAGCUUCAGUCAUAGUAGCAACCUUACAAGACAUCAACGAACUCACACAGGGGAGAAACCAUUUAAAUGUAUGGAGUGUGAAAAGAGCUUCAUUCACAGUGUACACCUGAAUAUACAUCACCGAACUCACACGAGCGAGAAACCAUACAAAUGUAUGGAGUGUGGAAAGAGCUUCAGUCAUAGUGGAAAUCUUAGAAAACAUCAUCGAACUCACACAGGUGAGAAACCAUAUAAAUGCAUGGAGUGUGGAAAGAGCUUCAUUCACAGUGUAGACUUGAAUAUACAUCACCGAACUCACACGGGCGAGAAACCAUACAAAUGUAUGGAGUGUCCAAAGAGCUUCAGUCAUAGUAGCAACCUUACAAGACAUCAACGAACUCACACAGGGGAGAAACCAUUUAAAUGUAUGGAGUGUGAAAAGAGCUUCAGUCAUAGUGAUUCCCUUAAAAUACACCAACGAACUCACACUGGGGAGAAACCAUAUAAAUGCAUGGAGUGUGGAAAGAGCUUCAGUACAAGUAUAAAACUUAAUUCACAUAGUCAAACUCACACUGGUGAGAAACCAUUUAAAUGUUUGGAGUGUGGAAAGAGCUUCACUAAGAAUGAAACCCUUAAAAUACACCAUCGAACUCACACUGGUGAGAAACCAUUUAAAUGUUUGGAGUGCGGAAAGAGCUUUCAUAAGAGUGAUACCCUUAAAAUACACCAUCGAACUCACACUGGUGAGAAACCAUUUAAAUGUUUGGAGUGCGGAAAGAGCUUUCAUAAGAGUGAUACCCUUAAAAUACACCAUCGAACUCACACUGGUGAGAAACCAUUUAAAUGUUUGGAGUGCGGAAAGAGCUUCACUAAGAAUGAAAACCUUAAAAUACACCAUCGAACUCACACUGGUGAGAAACCAUUUAAAUGUUUGGAGUGCGGAAAGAGCUUUCAUAAGAGUGAAACCCUUAAAAUACACCAUCGAGCUCACACUGGUGAGAAACUAUUUUAAUGUUUGGAGUGCGGAAACAGCUCCAUUCACAGUGUAGACCUGAAUAUACAUCAACAAACUCACACAGGUGAGAAACCAUUUAAAUGCAUCGAGUGUGGAAAGAGCUUCUUGCCAGAGUGGAGACCUUACAAAGCAUCAUCGAGCUCACUUGGGAAGGAACCUGUAAAUGUAUUGAUGGUGGAAAGAGCUUAUUUCAGAGUGGAAGCCUUACAAAGUACCAACGAAAACAAACUCGAGAAACAGCUUCAAUAGAAGGAG